UAUAAGAUCACCACUCUAGAGGAAACUGAAAAUGAUUGCAAAGUGCAAAUACGAUGUGGUCAUCGUCAUCCUUCCCACCAUCUUCCCCUUUGACUCUCUGCAAACCAAGGUCAAAUUCUUCCCUCUCACUAGCCCUACCAACCAAAACCCCAAAUUCUCAUGUAGACGUCGGCGACGGCAGUUCUUCGGAGGCGACACCUUCUAUACCACCGUUCCAUGUCAAAUCCAUCACAAGCACAUCAAACCCAUUCGUGAAGCAUUGCGUAAAGCUUCGCAACAGCUCAUCUUAUCGCCAUUCUCAUAGUUCCGUUCUUCUUGUUGGAACUACUCCACUCAGGGAAAUAUACAACUUUCAAGAAUCGAUGCAAGAAAAGCCAACGACAAUAGAUUGUUUACUUUUACAUGAAAAAGCUUCGGUUCCUGAAGAGUUGGUUGAAAGUGGUGUUCAUGUUGUUCGUGUUAAUUCAAUUGUGAUGAAGAAACUUUCUGGACUUCAAUCCACGGAAUCCAUUGAUGUGGUUUCUUUAGUGAAAAUUCCUUCAACUUUUCACUCUUUAGAAAACAACCAACAUGAAGAUUUUUCAAAAUGGUUCCCGUCUGCAUACCGAAUUCUUGUUCUUGAUGGAAUCCAGGAUCCUGGUAAUCUUGGGACGUUAUUAAGAUCGGCGGUGGCAUUCGGAUGGGAUGGAGCAUUUCUACUCCCCGGAUGUUGUGAUCCAUUCAAUGAAAAAGCAGUUAGAGCAAGCCGAGGUGCAUCAUUUCAACUUCCAUUAGUCUCGGGCACAUGGUCUCAUUUACAAUCUCUUGUCAAUGGCUUUCAAAUGAAAAUCCUUGCGGGCAGUCCGGGCAGCAAAACCGAGUCAAAACCAGUGUCUUGUCUCUCUCAUGAACUUGCCCGAAUUUUAACAAAUACAAAAGUUUGUCUAGUUUUGGGUAGUGAAGGGAGUGGGCUCUCCAAAGAAGCCCAUGAGGCAUGUGAACUAGUAAACAUUAGAAUGGCAGGGGCAUUUGAGUCAUUAAAUGUUUCUGUUGCUGGAGGCAUUUUUUUGUUCAUGUUGCAGCCUCAAAACAAGAAGUUUGAUUAAAAAUUGUUACUGUUGAUAUAAUAUUGUAAUACUAGUUAUUUAGUUAAUUUUAUUACAAUGUUAUGGAUGAA